AUGCUAUGGAAGCGGUUCAAGUUGAAUGCGAACAGGUCUUCUCAGAAUUUCCCACGAACAAAGAGACUGCAGCUGAAGCCCAACGAUCACGUUCUGCUUUAUAUCAAGGGACGAGCGCUGUUUCUCUUCUGCGGUCUCAAUUCACUUGAAAAACGAGCGAUGGUGUCGGUAUUCAAGACAACUGGGAACGAACCACCGCCAUCCAUCGACAGAGCGCUCUCGAUCUUUCUUCAAGCCUACGCCAUCGAACCGAAGUACAUCCCGAAUCUGCUUUAUCUCGGUCAUUGCCUAAUCUCGCUUGGUGAUAAGGAGACUGCGAGGAAGUACCUGAAGGAAGCAACCGAUAUGGAAGUGCAUGGUUGCGAUACUGGCGUCCAGAAGGAAUGUGCUGAAGCUGCUCAAACAAUGCUGAGAAAGAAAAUUAAGCAAACUUCAUAUCUCACUCUAAAUCUGCUACUCAAAAUCGUAUAA